GGAAGAAAGAAGAGGGGGGAGGGCAGGAGAGCGGGAGCCUGGCCGGGUCACUUUUUUUCCCCUGGCAGGGGACAUGAAAAUUUGGCAUUUCUGAACGGAAAUGAAGCCCCAUGAAAAGCGAAGUGUUUGACCUUUAUCAGAGAAAACCCGCCGGGCAGAUCGUUCCGUUAGAAAAACCGCUUGCCAGUCUCGCUAUAGAGAAUCGCAAGUCUUUUUCGCGGCAGGGGGUCCCAGUGGAGAAUUGCGGGGCCGGCAGGGCGAACCUCACUGGAAAUCGCUAUCUUCUGAUCACUCUUCUUCCUCCUCUUCUCCUUUCUCUUUUUUUUCGCUGACAUGAGCGAAGAUGCCCCUAUAGCUGACCGCUAAGCGGUGGAGCGGCUCGCGGAGCCCCGGCGCGCAUUUUGGGGAGAGACUGUGAGGAGAAGCCCCCAUGAAUGUCGCCCCCCUUCGCGGACCUCCUUCCGCCGACGGGACCGGAUCAGCUGGCUAGGAGCCGGUCUUUGAUGCACAUCAGCUGUAACACCAUGAUUUUCAUGAUUCUCGGAGCAUCGGUUGUCAUGGCGAUCGCGUGUUUGAUGGACAUGAACGCGUUGCUGGACCGCUUCCACAACUACAUCCUGCCGCACCUGCGAGGGGAGGACCGCGUCUGUCACUGCAACUGCGGGAGACAUCAUGUUCAUUAUGUGAUCCCCUACGAUGGUGACCAAUCCCUGGUGGACUCCUCGGAGAACUACUUCGUGAGUGACAGUGUCACAAAGCAGGAGAUCGACCUCAUGCUGGGCUUGCUGCUCGGAUUCUGCAUCAGCUGGCUGCUGGUGUGGUUGGAUGGCGCCCUUCACUGUGCUGUCCGUGCCUGGAGGGCCAGUCGGCGUUACGACUCCCCUGCCUGGUCCUGGCUGCCCAAAUUCUGCAAUCUCCGGGAGUUCCGGCGGCGGCCCCAGCUGCGCCAGUUUGAAGACUCCAGUGGCAAUAUGGUUCACAUCAAGCAGAAGUUGUACCACAAUGGCCACCCAAGUCCACGGCAUCUCUGACCAUCAGCAAGCAAGGGAGACAUCUCCUGGUCUGCAGUCUACUGUGCACUGGCCACCAACUGGUUUAUCGAUUAUUAAUUUUUAGGAGCAUCCGUUCAUCAUUCAGGAAAAGUGGCAGGUAUCUGCUGGCUUGGAAAGCGAAGGCAUGAGAAGACCUGGGUCAGUCUGAGCAGACAGGUGGGGGAAGCGGUUUCUGUACUGGGUAGGUUGGCUGCAUACCCGGGGGCGAGAGAGGCCAGCAUAGACGGCUGAAGUGGCCGAGCACAGCACAUCGUGUGCCCUGCAGCUGGGAGACUUCACACAUGCGCAGGCAGUCCCGUCACUGCGCCCUGCCAACAUGGGUCAGCCCGAAUCGUGAUGGGAAGCCUGGGGGCACCCUGUCAGACCUCCUCAGGGUUGGCAGCUAUCAGAAGUCAUUUGGGUAACUCCCUGCUUUGCAAGGCUCUCAAGGACUAGUCCAACCUCAAAUCUCAGAGAACUUGGCCUUUCCCUACGUUUCCGUGUUGCUUUGUCCGGUUGGUUGUACCACGUUAAGUGCCAGCAGCCCUGACCUGCAAGAUUCUUCGAGAACCCUCCGGGGUCUCUGCACUUAUUGAACUGCACAAAGCACAAGAGAGACGCUGGUGAGCGGCCAGUCGGCGGCCCAUGCCACACAACCAUCCCAUCUGGAAAGCACAAGUGCAGGAGACGGCAGGGCAGCAUGGUCAAAUCAAAUCGGAAAAAGUGCUGCCCACCCUUACAGGGUGCCCUGCCCUGGGAGGGGACAGCAACAGAUGGUCUGCAUUCCUGGCAUCAGUGCAAUGGCAGAAUGACAUGGCCUGAGCAGUGAGAAGAGAGACACACACACAAAGGCACUCCGAUUUGAAACUGUUCUUGCUGUUAAACCUUUGGUUUCAAUCUUUGUAUUUGAAUGUUCGAAUAUAAAAUAAAGGAGAUUUGUGUUCUUCGCA